GCAGCAUACAACUCUCCGCAAAACAUUCUCAUUUCUAGCACAACUAUUAUUAUUAAUUUCUUAUGAGUUCAUAUCAUUUUUAUCAUGGUAUCAGAGACUAAAUCCAGAAAAUAAAAUCCACUCUUGUAUCUAUCUCCCACAAUUUCUUUUCAUAAAGCCAUGGCGGUCGAUGAUGAGACCAAAACCAUUGCCAAUAAACCCGAAGAUAUAGUCAUAGAUGUUAUGUCACCUUAUUUCAUUCACUCCGGAGAUAAACCCGGAGAUGUGUACGUUCUUACCACAACCCUUCGAGAUGGAAACUAUGGAGAUUGGCUCGAUGAGAUGAGCAAUGCGCUUUAUGCAAAAAACAAGUUCGGCUUCGUGAAUGGUGAUAUUCCGAUGCCCAAGUUUGAUUCACCAUACCUCCCAUAUUGGCAACGAGCGAAUGCCAUGGUUAAGGCGUGGUUGAAUAGUAGCAUGGAAAUUGAACUUAGACAAAGUGUGAAGUUCAAAACGGCACGCGAAAUUUGGAUUGAUUUGAAAGAGAGAUUCGAGAAAGAGAGUGCUCCACGAGCUUAUGAGCUUCGAUGUUCCCUUGGUUCAAUCAGACAAAAUGGGCAGUCCAUUUCUGCCUACUUUAGCCAACUACGCCGCAUAUGGGAUGAAAUGUCCUCUAUCAAUGUUCAACCCAAUUGUGCUUGUGGUGGGUAUUCCUGUAACAUCUCUAAGCAGGUAACUGAGUCCCGUGAUAGGGACCAUCUUUAUGAUUUUUUGAUGGGUCUUGACGACGUUUACGGAAACUUGAAAUCUUAAAUCUUGGCCACAAGGCCGGUUCCUACACUCACUGCUUCAUAUCAUCUUAUUUCGGAAAGUGAGCACCACCGAUCUAUUGCAUCCAACCGCAAACCAGGAGUUGAUGGCACGACAUUUUACACACAUCCAAAAAGGGACACCAUCAUCGAUCGCCGCUCAAGCAUAAAGGAAGGCAGAUCUUGUACUCAUUGUGGAAGAACUAAUCACACGUAUGAUAGUUGCUUUGAGAGGAUCGGUUACCCACCCAAUUGGAACCUUAGAAAUAAGGAUAAUAAGAUUGGUGGAGGAGUGGCCCCAUAUCAACGUAACAACGUGAUACAAGGAGCACGCAGGGAGAAUAAUCAAGGACGUAGGCUGGCACCUCCUAAAGCAGCCCAUGUGGAUGUCAAGACCAAUUCUGAUAUUGGUCUCUCUCAAGAUCAAUUGCAUAGGCUGGCAAAAUUUAUGAAAACUGAACUACAGGACCAAGGGCAGUCCUCGUCUUCUUCUGAUGUUCAAAUAAACAUGGCAGGAAUUACCAUCGAAGAAGCUGAUUGGGGUAGGUCAAUGUCGUGAUGGUCUAUAUUAUUUAGACUUACCAAAAGAUGGUGGGGUGGCAAUGUCGGUCUCACCUCAUCUUGAUUUAUGGCAUCAACGUUUGGGACAUGCAUCAGACAACAAAUUACAUCAUAUCUCUUUUCUCCGAGGACUAGGACGGAGCAAUAAUUUAUGCGAUUCAUGCAUACGGGCUAAACAGACUCGUUUACCUUUCCCUAAUAGUGCUAUUAAAUCAACACAUUGUUUUGAAUUAAUACACUGUGAUAUAUGGGGAGGAUAUAAAAUUGAGUCAAUUUCUGGUGCACGUUAUUUUUUGACCAUAUUCGAUGAUUUCACUCGAGCUGUCUGGGUCUACCUAAUUAAAAAUAAGUCUGAGGUUCCCCUGAUUUUGAUUCAAUUUUUCAACAUGGUGAAUACACAAUUUGAACAAAAGGUUAAACGAUUAAGGGCUGACAAUGGUGCCGAGUUUCAGACUAAUGCAUUGUCUGACUACUAUAGGCAAAAUGGAAUAUUAUUGGAGACAUCUUGCACUGACACACCACAACAAAAUGGUGUUGUUGAACGCAAACACAGACAUAUUUUAGAAGUUGCUCGAGCUCUCCGCUUUCAGUCUGGACUGCCUAUUAAUUUUUGGGGAGAAUGUAUUCUCACCACCGUGUAUAUUAUUAAUAGGCUUCCUUCUCCUAUCAUCUCCAAUUAAAGUCCUUACGAGAUGUUACUAAAAAAUACACCAAAUUAUGAUCAUUUGCGCGUAUUUGGGUGCUUAGUAUACGCACAUAACAAUAAACAAAAGGACAAAUUUGGUUACCCGAAUGGGCAAAAGGCUUACCGGGUCUUUGAUUUACAGAAACGUUGCAUAUACAACUCCAGGGAUGUAUCUUUUUUUGAAGAUUUUUUUUCCUUUUAAAAUUCAACUCAAGGAUGAACUUGAUUUUGGAGGCAUAAUUGAUCAGGUCUACGGCAAUAUUACAAAAAUCAAUUCUGAAGCCGCCCACUCGAAUUUCCCAUGCCAGGUUCCUGCACUACGUUCUCAAAACAGCGAGCCACUCUCACAAACAUCCAAAAAUGUUGGCCCCAUAAUUACAUAUGUGAUUUGCGAAAAGGAGACUCCUCAAUUUGUUCAAUCACAGUUCCACAAUCACUCAUCUGGACGGCAGCAAUCUGAAAAUAUCGACUCGGACCCACUCUUAAGUCGGCAUAUUGCUCUCUUGGAUACAGACACUCCGGGUAGUCACAUCCAGCCUGAAAAUGAACAUGCAGUUUUUGAUAUUUCUGUACAGCCUAUUAAUAUCUGUGACAGAUUACCAGUUGACUCAUACCCCCCAACACAUUUGAGUGACACGCCUCCAAUUAUUCAACCUUCUCGUACUGCUGAAAAUGUGCCACUUGCCAUCCCAAUUCUGAGUGGAACCAAUGCAUCUCACAAUCAGCCGAAACGAAGUGAAAGACUACGGAAAAUUCCAAAACGUCUAGCGGAAUAUGAUACUGACUUGCCACCCUCCAUCCGUCACGACCCACCGCCAAUCACGCUGACUCUACGCUAUAUCCAUUUCACAUUUCAUUAAUUAUGAUAAAUUUUCUCCAACUCAUAAAGUGUACUUAGCGGCCAUCACUGCCCGUGAUGAGCCUAAACAUUUCUCCCAUGCAGUACAAGAUCCCUUAUGGAGAAAAUAACACUUGGACACUUGUCCACUUACCACCAGGAAAAAAAAGCAAUUGAUUCUAAAUGGGUUUACAAAAUUAAAUAUCAACCCAAUGGAGACGUAGAACGUUACAAAGCCAGAUUGGUAGCUAAAGGUUUUACUCAGGUUGAAGGAAUUGAUUUUCAUGAGACUUUUGCUCCAGUCGCCAAGCUUGUCACAGUACGGUGUAUGUUGGCCGUUGCCGCCAAACAAAAUUGGGUCGUUCACCAACUGGAUGUGAAUAAUGCGUUCCUACACGGAGACCUUGAUGAGGAUGUAUACAUGCGUUUACCUCAGGGUUUUGUCAGAAAAGGUGAUACACGCGUGUGCAAAUUACAGAAAUCUCUAUAUGGACUCUGCCAAGCUUCCCGUAAUUGGUAUCACAAAUUCACACAUGCAUUAGUCAAAGUUGAUUUUCGUCAGAGUAAGGCAGACCACUCCCUAUUCAUAUUUCAGCACGACAUCAUCAACACUUUUGCCCUUAUUUACGUGGAUGAUGUCAUCUUGGCCGGUAAUAAUAUCUCUCAUAUUAACACCGUCAAAGCUUACUUGGAUAACAAAUUUAGCAUCAAGGAUUUGGGGAAGUUAAAAUACUUUCUUGGCAUAGAGGUCGCUCGUUCCUCUGAAGGGUUUGUUUUAAGUCAACGGAAAUACACUCGUGACAUCUUGGAGGAAUGUGGCAUUCUUGCGGGACGACCUAGUUUAUUUCCCAUGGAACAAAAUUUAAAACUACGUCCAGAUGAUGGUAGUCCACUUGUUGAUGCUCCUUCCUAUCGAAGAUUAAUAGGACGCCUAUUAUAUCUCACUGUCACUCGACCAGACAUCGUAUAUUCAGUCAGCCAGCCUAGUCAGUUUCUUGCCACCCCGCAACAAACCCAUCUUGAUGCGGCCACUCGCAUUCUUCGCAUUUUUAUCACAUGAAGAUCGAAUUUUUUGAAACAUUUUGUUCCUUAUUAAUUUUUUCCUCCAAUGGGAUUACUGUUUGAACUGACGAGAGAUUGGUAGAAGUAUUGUUGAGAUCUAUAGCCUCAUAUGGCAAAACACUUGGUCAAAAAGGCGGAAUCUCCCACCCAGGAGCCCCCCAUACCCCGACCCGACAAGAUUUUUGGGAGGAUGUUAAUCACGGUGACUCAGUCGGUCCAAUGAUGGUGGACCUUUUUCCCGUGCGCACCAGAGGCCCAGCCUUAUUUCAAGUUCUGUGACCUUCACACGGCCGCUGCGGGUUUCGAACCUUGGUCACUUGGUCCAAAUUUCCCACCACUGAACCAACUGAGCUACCCGUGCGGGUUCAAAUGGCAAAACACUACACUACUUUUGGGAUGUUUGGAUUAUAAAUUCAAGAUUAUGAGAUGUAGAGGCCGUUUGGCAACCUUUUUUUGCUGCUUAUCAGGCUUAUCAGACAAUUUUUUUACCAAACACGUAAUUUUUUGCUUUCACGCGCUAAAUUGUGUAAUAAGCUGAAAAAGUAAGGUUAGAGUUACUUUUCUGGCUGUAUUGGCUGAAGUAACUGUUGUAGAU